AUGAUAUCAAGUGUGACUGCUGCUGCGGCAUUUGCAGUUAGUGCUGCUGGAGAGGGCAGUUCAUUCAUGGAUCUUGAAGGGCCCAGCUCCACUUUCUUUGAUUAUGAAGACUAUCUCGAUCCAAGAGAGGAAAAUGAAGAUAUAAAUAAUUUAAAACCCAAGAGCGAUCAAGACCACAAACCGCCAGAACCUGUACACCGUGGGAAAAAAUUUUUUGAAAAGCUUGCUGAAGUUGCGGAAAAUCUGGGUUCUAAUUCCGAUAAUAUAACGAGUUUUGUAGAUCAGGCUAGUAUGGAUCAUGCUGCUCGCCUUAUCGAUUCAUUUAUUGCACAAACCAACAUUGUAAUGAGGGAUGUGAGCCUUCGUAUUGAACUUCCGCUUUGCUUACCGGGUGUUCAUCGCGCUUCUGGUCUCAGUCUUCACAUAGGCAAAAUAGCCUUUUCUAAUCAAAGUUCUGCGAGCGGCGAAAUUAGUGGCUCUCACAGCUCAAAUUCCUUUACCCAAAACUUUGAUCCUUGUCAUUCCUCCGAAACGCCUGGAACACAAAGCUCCAAUUUUGACCCUUCGGAUGGAACUAACUCUUCAAAAAACAAUACGCUUCGUGGAUUUUGGUCUUGGAUCUGGGGUUCUCAGCAAGAAAAGAAUACUGCUAAAUCAAGUCAAAGAGCGGGAUCUCAGCCGACUUCAAGUGAGUGCAUAUUGCUUCGACAUAAUGAGAGCGACACAGAUUUUUUUAAGUAUUCUUUUAAAAUCCGCUUUUUAACAUGUGGACCGCCAAUUUCCUCUAGAUCAUUUUUUAUUUAUAACUGA